AAAAACAUAACCGGAGCUUCCUCAACCCCACAUCAGCUCAGACCUCUCCAUCUCCAUCAACGCUAUUCAACGUCACGUCACACUUCAAUUGUCAAAGCACACGCAAUUCACCAUGGCCGCUGCCUGUAUAUUCUGCAAGAUCAUCAAGGGCGACAUCCCUUCGAUGAAGAUCUUCGAAAGCGACAAGACCUUCGCAUUCCUCGACAUCUCCCCUCUAAGCAAAGGCCAUGCUCUCGUCAUCCCCAAAUUCCACGGCGCAAAACUCCACGACAUCCCCGACGACCAGCUCCACGAGAUCUUGCCCGUUGCGAAGAAGAUUGCGCUAGCGGUGGGGGCGGAGGACUACAACAUACUGCAGAACAAUGGGCGGAUUGCGCACCAGGUGGUUGAUCAUGCCCACUUCCAUAUCAUCCCGAAACCAAAUGAGAAGGAGGGAUUGAGUAUUGGAUGGCCGGCUGAGGAUGUGGACAAGGACAAACUGGCGAAGCUGCUGGAGGAGAUCAAGGCGAAGAUGUAAGGACUGGAAUUGGGCCGGAUGCUGGACAUGGAGUAUACUUGAGAGGAGUGGAUGGGAAGGACCAUGCCACAAGAAUGGGGCGGCUCUCGAAAAGUCGGCGAUACACGGCUAUCUAAGGCCCAAAAAUCAGAAGAAGUAUCAAUUUAUCACUCUGUCCAUUCACAAUAUAGCAGUCGCGACGCUGUAAAUCAGGCCACUGAGUUGGCCUAAUUGUAGCACCAUUGAGAUGUGCUAACGGGAGCCAGUCCGUCCGAUUUGGAGUCGGUUUUGACACGCUAUUGCGGGAUAUUGUAUAAUAGACCUUCUACAUUUGCUCGUUUGGAAGGAUUCACUUACAUCUUGUUCGCAUUCUUGAAAGUAUAUUGGAGGGUGUCAAACGGCGACAGUAUAUGCCCAAGCCCUGAU